AUGGCGGGCCAUGCGUCCAGAAUACCAAGCCAACAUAUUCUCAGAAUCUCGAUUAGUGUGGUUCCUCUUUGGUGCGCGAUGACGACGUUAUGGGUGCAGGCGCUGGGGAAAUCGACACAGAUCAAGCUCGGGCCUAUGGCGCCAAUGUCUGGCGCUGUGCAGCAGGCGCUUUCCCAGCUCGGCCUCAAGUCCAUCCAGGCUGGGGACUGCAAGCUCAUGUACAAGGGGUCCCCCGUGGACCUCAAUGCCCCCUUGCGCUUCUCCAAUCUACCCUCUGGUUCCAGACUUGAACUUCUCACUGGCAAAGAGGUUGCGCUGGGUGUGAGGGACUCCCGGGAGUUGAAAGCCAGCCCUGCCGCUGCUGCCCCCUCUGCGAGCUGCAGUGCGCCGUCUGUUGCAGUUAGGGCCCCAGCAUUUCAGCCCGACGAUGCUCAGCCCACGGGACCUUCUUGGCAACCUGAGUCGACCGCACCAGACCAUGGCAAUGGUACGAGUCGCAUGCAGGCGCAUGCCCAGGCAGAGACCCACAGCGCCGGCGUGGAGGGCGCUUCCAACACCACCACGCCGGCCGUUCAGGCAGAGGACCUUGAGGACGACCCAUCAGUGGCUUUAUUUGGAAGCAAGGUCCAUGUCUUUCACACGCAAGACGAGGCCACGAGCGUCGAGGCCGCCAACCAGGAUCCCCCAGAUGACUUUUACGACUUCAAUGAGAGCGACUACCGGCAUGUGGUGGCGGGGUACGCAGCCCGGAAGGCCAAGCAGGCUGGUGCGGUGCUGAAGACGCGGCAGUUGCGGGAGCGGGAGGAGCAGGCGCGCUUCGAGGCCCAGGCAGACACCCCAGUUCCCAUCCGCCUGGUCCUGCCCGAUGGGCACUGCCUGCAGGCCGUGCUCAAGGCCCGGGAGACCACGGGCCGCCUGUACGACCUGGUGGCCGCCGCCCUGCUCCCCGGCCUCUCUUUCCACCUGUUUGUGACGCCGCCCAAGAUGCUCCUGCCCCGCCAGGACGGCACCAGCCUGUGGAAGGCGGAGCUGCUGCCCGCCGCGAGGGUCCACGUCGGAGUGGAGGGCGGGCCUGCCCCAGGGCCCCUGCUGCGCCCAGAGGUGGAAGCGCUCGUGCAACGCGGCGCGCCCGCCCCGGGAUUCGCUCAGGCCGGGCAGCAGGGGAUCGGGCGGGGUCCUCAGGAGCGCGAGGCGAUGCCACAGCUGCCGGCCGCGGCUCAUCCGCGUAGGCCUCCGACGGGUGGGGCGGCGCGCUCGGGUGCGUUGCCCAAAUGGCUGAAGCCCGCCGGGAAAUGA